AUGGCAGCUGAGAAAGCUGAAAUAGAUGUGCUGAAAAAGGAGUGCGAUGGCCUCCGUGCACAGAUUGAGGCGGCCCGCAAGGCUGUGAAUGACGGCAGCUUGACAGCAGCAUCAGGAAGCGCAUCUGCGGUGGGCCGAGUCCAGCUGAAGCUAAGGAAGACACUCAAGGGACACUUGGCUAAAAUCUAUUCCCUGCACUGGGCCGCUGACUCCAGGUCAAUGGUCACUGCAUCACAGGAUGGCAAGCUUCUGGUCUGGGACACCUUCACGGGGAACAAGUUGGUCGCUGUCCCACUAAAGUCAGCUUGGGUGAUGAGCGUUGCCUUCGCCCCCUCUGGUAACAUGGUGGCCAGCGGUGGUCUGGAUAACAUGUGCACGGUGUACAACAUCAAGGCCACCAGCCCCAAGACCCUCAGGGAGCUGGACGCGCACACAGGUUACCUGUCUUGCUGCCGUUUCCUUAGUGACACUGAGAUCUUGACAGCCUCCGGCGACACCACCUGCUGUCUGUGGGAUCUGGAAACCGGCAAGCAGAAGAUCAUCUUCACCAACCACAUUGGAGACUGCAUGUCGCUGGCUCUCUCCUCCGACAUGAACACCUUCAUCUCUGGAGCCUGUGACUCUCUGGCCAAGCUGUGGGACCUGAGGGAAGGGGCCUGCAAGCAGACCUUCUCCGGACACACCAGCGACAUCAACGCCAUCUCUUACUUCCCCGGUGGAAACUGCAUCGUCACCGGCUCCGACGACUGCAGCUGCAAGAUGUACGACCUGCGCUCCGACCAGGAGGUGAUGGGCUUCCAGGACAGCAGCCUGAACUCCGGCGUCACGUCUGUGGCUCUCUCCAACUCGGGCCGCCUCAUCUUCGCCGGCUACGACGACUUCAACUGCCACAUCUGGGACUCACUGAAGGGAGACAAAGUCGGUGUGCUGUCCGGCCACGACAACCGGGUGAGCUGCACCGGCGUCCCCGAGGACGGCAUGGGCGUCUGCACAGGAUCCUGGGACAGCUUCCUCAAACUGUGGAACUGA